AUAUCUCCCAAUAUCCCAUCCCGGGCACGUCGGAUAAGCUGCAGCAGCGAAAGCACGCGGCAAAUAUUGCGGUGGACGGGAAAGAGGAGAAUGGUCCAUGGAAUUUUACACCUCUCACCCAGCCUGGGCGGCAGUUUGGGCUUGUUAUGGGGAUGACCGGAAGGAGAAAGUGACAGAGGAACAGUGAUGCUACUGUUUACAUAACAGGAGAGACUCACACACACAUACAUGCACAAACAUAUACACACAGACAUGCACACAGGUUCAAAUUGCCAGUCCAAGACAUACACACUCACUUAAACAGUCCCACACAUACAUAUACUCCGAGACGGCGUAUUGAACGGAGUCACUGACUGAGUCACUGCACACUCAGAGGCACAGACUCACUGACUCACACACAGGAACACACACACACACACAGACAGACAGACACAUACACAAGGGGAAAAGGUUGUUUGCAGGAGCCAGGACUGUGUGUUGUGUGUGCUAUGGGCCAAGCUGAGCAGCAGCUGUGUGUGAGUGUUGGAUACCUCUGAAGGGUCAAAGCAGCCGGAACCCUCUGCCUCCCCCCAGUUCCUCCCUUUACCCCUCCUAUCUCUCCUCUUCCAGCUACCCCUAAAAAACCCACCAUCAUGACUGAGCUGAGGACCAGCAGACUUUUAUCCCCCCAUUCAUCCUUUUCCUGCCCCCUGAGGUUUCUAUCCCUCCUCCUCUCCCUCUGCCUCUCCCUUUCUCUCUAUCCAACCUCCUUAUUGGCACAACAGACUGUGCCUGUCAUUUCCACGGCGCAGGGCCGUAUCCGGGGCAUCCUGACCCCGCUGCCCUCAGACCUUCUUGGACCCGUCAUUCAGUACCUUGGAGUACCGUAUGCCAGGCCUCCAACGGGGGAUCGGCGCUUCCAGCCACCUGAGCCGCCUCUUCCUUGGCCAGGAAUACGAAACGUGACGCAGUUUGCUCCUGUGUGCCCACAGUCAUUGGACGAGAGGAGCAUACUGGGAGACAUGAUGCCAUCCUGGUUGACUGCUAACUUGGAUAUAGCAGCGACGUACCUCACUCACCAGAGCGAGGACUGUCUCUACCUCAAUAUCUAUGUGCCCACUGAGGAAGACAUCCAUGAGGAGGGGCAGAGGCCAGUGAUGGUCUACGUCCACGGUGGCUCGUACACAGAAGGCACGGGUAACAUGAUGGACGGCAGUGUGCUUGCAAGCUACGGCAAUGUCAUUGUCAUAACCCUCAACUACCGCCUAGGAGUAUUAGGAUUUCUUAGCACAGGUGACCAGGCAGCAAAAGGGAACUACGGCUUGCUUGAUCAGAUCCAGGCUCUGCGCUGGGUGAAGGAAAAUAUCGCAGCCUUUGGGGGGGAUCCAAACAGGGUCACAGUGUUUGGAUCGGGGGCUGGAGCAUCUUGUGUGAGCCUCCUCACCUUGUCACACUACUCAGAGGACCUGUUCCACAGAGCCAUCAUCCAGAGUGGCAGUGCUUUAGCCAGCUGGGCUGUCAACUACCAGCCAAGCAAGUAUGCCCGGCAGCUAGGUGAAAGAGUGGGCUGUGGCAUCGAUGACAGCACGCAACUGGUUGCUUGCCUCCAGGGCCGGAGUUACCGUGAGCUUGUGGAGCAGAACAUAACACCAGCCAAAUAUCAUACAGCUUUUGCCCCGGUGAUUGAUGGUGAUGUUAUACCUGAUGACCCCCAGAUUCUGAUGGAGCAGGGAGAGUUUCUGAACUACGACGUGAUGCUGGGGGUUAAUCAGGGUGAGGGUGUGAAGUUUGUGGAGGGCAUAGUGGACUCAGAGGACGGUGUCAGUGCUGAGGACUUUGACUUCGCUGUGUCGGACUUUGUGGAUAGUUUGUAUGGAUACCCAGAGGGCCGAGACACAUUGAGAGAGAGCAUAAGGUUCAUGUACACAGACUGGGCGGACCGGGACAAUGCAGAAACCCGCCGGAAGACAUUGGUGGCGCUUUUUACAGACCACCAGUGGGUGGCACCAGCAAUAGCAACAGCUGAUCUCCACGCUCAGUAUGGGUCUCCUACCUACUUCUACUCAUUUUACCACCACUGCCAGAGUGAUGCCACACCACCUUGGGCCGACUCUGCCCACGGUGAUGAGGUGCCCUAUGUGUUCGGCGUGCCUAUGGUGGGACCCACUGAUCUGUUCAACUGUAACUUUUCCAAAAACGAUGUGAUGCUGAGUGCAGUUGUUAUGACCUACUGGACCAACUUUGCCAAGACUGGUGAUCCAAACCAGCCAGUUCCCCAAGAUACCAAGUUUAUCCACACAAAGCCUAAUCGCUUUGAGGAAGUGGCCUGGUCUAAAUACACACCCAAGGAGCAGCUGUACCUCCACAUUGGCCUCAAGCCCCGUGUCAGAGACCACUACCGUGCUACCAAAAUCUCUUUCUGGCUCCAGCUCGUCCCACACUUGCAUCAUGUCAAUGAGCUCCUCCAGUCUGUGUCAUCUUUCACGCAUAGUCCCUCUCCACAGGAUGACACCCCUAUUUCCUACACUAGGCGUCUAUCCAAACUUUGGCCUCCUAGCAGCACACGCCACCCGGGUUCACUGGGUGGUACUCCGCAGCCACCCGAGUCCUCAUUAGGCCAAGGUGGAGAAGAAAACGGGGUCCGCGUCCCUAAUGAGGAUUACUCCACUGAGCUCUCAGUGACUAUUGCCGUAGGAGCAUCACUGUUGUUUCUUAACAUACUUGCAUUUGCCGCUCUGCUUUAUAAGAAAGACAAAAGGCGUCUGGAGCAUCGUAGGCCACGUCCCCUUCCUCCACCAAGACGAGACAUUACACCAGCAGAUGUUGCAGCCCACCUGCAGGGGGAGGGGUUGAUGUCAUUACAGGUGAAGCAGCUGGAGUGUGAUGCCGCCUCAGCAGAUGAGCGGAACAACGCUCACCAUCAUCACACCCUGGAUACACUAGAUGCGCUGGAUGGCUUGGACACCCAGGACAUCUACAGCACACUGGACACUGUGCGCCUCACCUGCCCACCUGAUUACACCCUCACGUUGCGCCGCUCACCCGACGAUGUCCCCCUCAUGACCUCUCUGACGCCAGGAUCGCUGCCUGUGACCCCGGGGUCUCACCCCGUCACUCCUGCGACGCCGAUGACCCCAAUGACACCUGGAUCAGUGGCCGGGAUGAGGAUGGGGCAUCCUCACCAGGGAUACACACACCAUAGCCCAUACAGUAAUACACAUUUGCCACACACACACAUCUCCACCCACACACACUCCACCACGCGUGUAUAACCGCAGCAAGAUACCGCAGCACAUAGAUACAACACACACUCAUACUAAGACACACGCACACACAUGCGCAUACACAUGCAAAAACACACACACACGGAACAGAAAGACUUAAAUACCUCUACU